ACACACAUAUACAUACACACGUACACAGCAACACUCUCCCACAUUGUCUCUGACUCUGUCUCAUACUCUCAUCUUAUCUCUCUUCUCCGUUGAAUUUCCAACCCGUGCUUGCUUUGCCUAGAUUCUCUUUCUUCUUCCACACAUACUCACAUUUCUUUUUACCCUUUUAUAAUGGGUUUUCUGAUAAUGCUGCAAGCUUGUGUCUUUCACAAUUGACAAAAGAGUGGUAGUAGCAGCCUGGCACCACCCCAUCUGUUAGAAAACUUGGUUGCUCAAGUAAAGAAUCAUUUUCAUUCACUAUAUCCCCCAAAGGAAACAGCUUUCUUUGAUUUCACUCCUAGUUUAAAAACCUUUCUAUUUUUGCUUCUUUUUCUUUCACUAUAUGUGCAUGGAAGAGGCAAAUUUGUGAAGUGGGGUGUUUGAUAUUUGAAGAUUGAGGUGUUGAAGAGUGGUGAGUUAAGGUUUCAAUGGACACCAAAGGGAGAUUAGUUGCUGGGUCUCAUAACAGGAAUGAGUUUGUUCUUAUCAAUGCUGAUGAAACUGCAAGAGUAGCUGUCACAGAAUUAAGUGGUCAAAUUUGUCAGAUCUGUGGGGAUGAGCUGGAGGUUACUGUGAAUGGGGAGCCAUUUGUUGCUUGCAAUGAAUGUGCGUUCCCUGUGUGCAGACCUUGCUAUGAGUAUGAAAGAAGAGAGGGUAACCAAGUUUGUCCUCAGUGUAAAACCAGAUAUAAGCGCAUCAAAGGUAGUCCUAGAGUUGAGGGUGAUGAAGAAGAGGAUGAUAGUGAUGAUUUGGAAAGUGAGUUUGAUAUUGGGAGCGUGUUCUCUGCUCGCCUUAACUAUGGUUCACAGGUGAAUGGUUCGGUGAUCCAUGCACCAUCGGAGUUUGAUGCAGCUUCCGUGGCUUCUGAGAUCCCUCUCUUGACAUAUGGUCAAGAGGAUGUUGGCAUUUCUGCUGAUAAACAUGCUCUUAUUCUUCCUCCAUUCACGGCCAGAGGGAAACGAGUUCAUCCCAUGCCUUUUCCUGAUUCAUCUGUACCUGUUCAACCAAGACCUAUGGAUCCUAAAAAGGAUAUUGCAGUUUAUGGAUAUGGAAGUGUUGCAUGGAAGGAACGGAUGGAGGAUUGGAAGAAAAAACAAAGUGAAAAACUUCAGGUUGUUAGACAUGAAGGGGGUAAAGAUAGUGAUGAGCUGGAUGAUCCUGACUUACCAAAAAUGGAUGAAGGCAGACAACCACUUUGGAGAAAGUUGCCAAUUAGUUCAAGCAGGAUAAAUCCAUACAGAAUCAUAAUAGUACUUCGGAUUGCAAUUCUUUGCCUCUUUUUUCAUUAUAGAAUCCUCCAUCCAGUCAAUGAUGCAUACGCAUUGUGGCUCACCUCAGUAAUAUGUGAAAUCUGGUUUGCUGUCUCAUGGAUUUUUGAUCAGUUCCCAAAAUGGAGCCCAAUUCUUAGAGAAACAUACCUUGAUCGUUUAUCUCUAAGAUAUGAAAAAGAAGGAAAGCCAUCUCUGUUAGCUGAUAUAGACGUGUUCGUUAGUACAGUGGACCCUAUGAAGGAACCUCCACUCAUUACUGCAAACACAGUUCUGUCUAUCCUUGCUGUGGAUUAUCCAGUGGACAAGGUUGCAUGCUAUGUUUCAGAUGAUGGAGCUGCCAUGCUUACAUUUGAAGCACUUUCCGAGACUUCUGAGUUUGCAAGGAAAUGGGUUCCAUUCUGCAAGAAGUUCUGCAUUGAACCACGGGCUCCUGAAUGGUAUUUUGCUCAGAAGGUUGACUACUUGAAGGAUAAAGUGGAUGCAACAUUUAUAAGAGAACGUCGUGCCAUUAAGAGGGAGUAUGAAGAGUUCAAAGUGAGGAUUAAUGCAUUGGUGGCUUUGGCACAAAAGGUUCCUGAGGAUGGUUGGACAAUGCAGGAUGGUACUCCAUGGCCUGGGAACAAUGUCAGAGAUCAUCCCGGAAUGAUACAAGUUUUCCUUGGUCAAAAUGGUGUUCGUGACAUCGAAGGAAAUGAAUUACCUCGUCUUGUCUAUGUGUCUCGUGAGAAAAGACCUGGAUAUGAUCACCACAAAAAAGCUGGAGCUAUGAAUGCUUUGGUGAGAGUCUCGGCAAUAAUCACCAAUGCUCCUUAUGUACUGAAUGUUGAUUGUGAUCACUACAUAAAUAACAGUAAGGCCCUUCGUGAAGCCAUGUGCUUCAUGAUGGAUCCUACAUCAGGGAAAAAAAUAUGCUACGUACAGUUUCCUCAAAGAUUUGAUGGGAUUGAUCGUCAUGAUAGAUACUCGAAUCGCAAUGUUGUAUUCUUUGAUAUCAAUAUGAAAGGUUUAGAUGGCAUCCAAGGACCAAUAUAUGUGGGAACUGGGUGUGUCUUCAGGAGACAGGCAUUCUAUGGAUAUGAUGCCCCUACAUCGAAGAAAGCACCAAGAAAGACAUGUAACUGUUGGCCUAAAUGGUGCUGCUGUCUGUGUUGUGGAUCUAAGAAGAAAAAGAUUAAAGCAAAGUCAAGUGUGAAAAAGAAGAUAAAGAAUAAGGAUGAUAUAAAGCAAAUGCAUGCACUAGAAAAUAUUGAAGAGGGAAUUGAAGGAAUUGACAAUGAGAAGUCAUCACUAAUGUCUCAAUCGAAGUUUGAGAAGAAGUUUGGGCAAUCAUCUGUUUUCAUAGCUUCGACACUCUUGGAAGAUGGGGGUGUUCCAAAAGCAGCAAGUUCUGCUACACUCUUGAAAGAGGCCAUCCAUGUAAUUAGUUGUGGUUAUGAAGAUAAGACAGAAUGGGGGAAAGAGGUUGGGUGGAUAUAUGGCUCAGUUACCGAAGAUAUUUUAACAGGUUUCAAGAUGCAUUGUCAUGGUUGGAGAUCUGUAUACUGCAUGCCAAAAAGGCCUGCUUUUAAAGGUUCAGCUCCUAUAAAUCUCUCGGAUCGUCUGCAUCAAGUUCUUCGGUGGGCUCUUGGAUCUGUUGAGAUCUUUUUCAGUAGGCAUUGUCCCAUAUGGUAUGGCUAUGGUGGCGGCUUGAAAUCGCUGGAACGAUUCUCUUACAUAAACUCAGUUGUUUAUCCUCUGACUUCAAUUCCCUUAAUUGCCUAUUGUGCAUUGCCAGCUGUCUGUCUGCUCACUGGGAAGUUCAUUGUCCCCGAGAUAAGUAACUAUGCCAGUAUCAUUUUCAUGGCCCUCUUCAUCUCUAUAGCUGCAACUGGCAUCCUGGAAAUGCAGUGGGGAGGUGUCGGUAUACAUGACUGGUGGAGGAACGAGCAGUUCUGGGUCAUUGGUGGUGCCUCCUCACAUCUCUUUGCUCUCUUUCAGGGUUUGCUCAAAGUUCUGGCGGGAGUCAACACAAACUUCACAGUCACAUCCAAGGCAGCAGAUGAUGGAGAGUUUGCUGACCUCUACAUCUUCAAGUGGACAUCCUUGUUGAUCCCUCCCUUGACCCUACUAAUCAUAAACAUCAUCGGAGUCAUUGUCGGUGUCUCGGAUGCUAUAAACAAUGGAUAUGAUUCAUGGGGUCCUUUGUUUGGGAGGCUAUUUUUUGCCCUUUGGGUCAUUGUACACCUUUACCCUUUCCUCAAGGGUGUCAUGGGAAAACAAGAAGGUGUUCCUACCAUCAUUUUGGUCUGGGCUAUUCUCCUGUCUUCAAUCUUAACCCUACUUUGGGUGAGAAUCAACCCAUUCUUGGCCAAAAGUGAUGUGGUGUUGGAAAUUUGUGGAUUGAAUUGUGACUAAAGGUAACAAAAAAUGGAAGGGCAUGCCAUGGUUUGACGUUUUACACUGAUAAGAUCUGCAACAUGCAUAAGUUUUUGGUCAAAGACACAUGACACAUCCCUGGAUCUGUUGGUGAGAACUGCCACUGCAAAAAAAAAUGUUAUUUGUGGGUGGUGUUUGUAGAUACAACAUAUGUUUUGAGAGGUUUCAUUAUUUUUUUUUAUACAUGUGCAUUAUCUAAAUUAGUCUGAAAUCACAGGUGAGAUGUUAUUUAUAACUUCUUCGGAAUAAGGCAUCUCUCAUUUGUAAUCAUAAAGUGUGCCCAUGUGUUUUUUAGAAAUUCCCUAUAAGUUGGGAUUUAUAUGGUUGGCUUCGAUACUUUUGCACCAAGUGAAUAAAAUGUCUACAAUGUAUAGUAUCUUCAAAUCCA